AUUCGCAACAAAAAAACAAAUCGUGUUCAGAAUCAUUAUCUGCGCGUCGAAGUUUUCAAUUUCUUGCUCAGCCAUGAAAAAUAUUACUUUUUAUUGCGCUGUUUUUUUAUUAAUCUACACUAACGAAAUUCUGGCACCGAAAUCACCACCACCAUCACCAAAGCGAUCAGUAAGUUCGAAAGAAAAAGCAAAUAAAGUAACAGUAACUCGAGUUUCCACUGAACCUUCAGAGAUAUUGACACGUUUAAUAGAAAUAAAUGGACGGUUAGAAAUUAAAGGCGAGGCAGAAAAAGUCCAUCCAACAAAAAAGGAAGCAUUAUGGAUUUCCAGAUUCAUAACAACUAUGACAAAUUGGCUCACAAUAGUGACUGAAGUUGCAAAAUUUGACGCUUAUCAAAAAGCAUAUUACGAAUUAAGCCAAGAAUAUUGGGAUGAAUGCAUAAAAGGCGAUGAAACAACUCCCAUUCAAAUGGUCUACCUUAAAGAUGGUUCAGACCCAGAAGAAUAUUACAUGUACAACAUUAUACCACAUUGGAUCAGUAUAACCGGCACUGGACUGGGCAGUGCAAAGCUCCACUUGCUACAAAUUCAUUUCGAAAGAAGUAAAACAGCAAUGGAAACACCCGAUGGUCAAAUGGUUUUAAGAAAAGAUAAAAUUUACGACACGAAAAUUGAAUUAUUUUUUCCCUGGGUUGAUAUUCGAAUCGAUAACGAAAUCGUUCAAUUUGGCGAAGAACGAGAUCCGGAAGAAAAAAUUUUAAAAAAUGGCGUGAUCAGGUUCAACUUACACGACGUCAAGAUAAUCAUGACUAUGCAAUUGGCAGAAAUUGAUAAGCGAUUCAUAAAGACAGAUCCUGUAACCGGUUUGACAUAUUACUUUCGAUUACCAAAAUUAACAGAUCUACAAAUGUCCGUGAGCAGCAUUCAACGUUACCAUAACCGAAUACAGAAGAAAAAUAGUCCCGAAAAAGGAGAAUACGUAGGCAAAGGGAUUAAUUCAGCCAGAGCUGAAAAAAUCAUAAUCGAGCUUACCGAGUUAUUCAGCACUGAAGAAGGUCGUAAAGAACUAUGCGAUCGUUUGAAACCAAUUUUGGUAAACAAAGACGCCGAAGCGAUUAUGACUGCUCCGGAUGUUUUGAGCAUUGCUAAACACGUGGUCCUAGCUUGGGACAAUGUCGUGCCUAGAAUUCCACCAUCGGCAUGGGACGAUAAUGAAAUAAAAUUAUGGCACGAGGCUUUUUAUGCCGGUUACAGUACAACAGAUUUGGUUACGAAGGCGCUCAAUUUUAUCGUGGUUCAUUUUCAAAAUAUACGUACUGGUAAAGGAAAAGAUGUUAAUGUUCUUGGAACCGAACCUCCUAAAGAAUACAAAGUGGCUGGUUUGAGCGUACACGAUGUCGGAUUCGAUUAUACGGAAACUAAUGUAGUGGAUACAGAAACCGAUUAAACAAAAAUGGUGAUCAACAGAUCGUAGCGGUAAUAAAUUCCAAUAAAGCAUAGAGUAAAAAUUGCA